CAGAUCUGCUUGCAAGUAUACUCUACUCAUCACUUCUGUCAUCAUCUCGCAUGAGGUUGGUUGCAACCCAAGAAGAAAGAAGUGGCUUUUCUUUCCUUCUUCUUCAAAAUUCAAAUCUCCCAGAUCUAAACACGCAAUAGGUUAAAAAAAGCAACCAAGAUCCAAAACCCUUUUAAUCUCUCUCUCUCUCUCUCCCUCUUUCUCACUAGUUUCUCUCUCUACAGCCUCCCCAUUACUAUUUACCCUCCAAUCUCUCUCCAACAACACCAUGAAUGGUUCUCUGUAAUUGGAGUCUCUCCAGAUCAAAGGUGAGUCAAACCCCCCUAACCUCUCACCAAUACCUCUCUCUCUCUCUCUCUCUGAACCCCAUUUUCGUAUUAUUACUUGCUUCAAGACGCUAUUUUUCAUUUGAUUACCAAAUUGCGCUUUAAUUCUUGUUUUGAGUAAAUUCUAAGGUUUUGUAUCGAUGAAAGAAUUGAAUUCCACAACGGACCCAAUUGGGCAAAACCUAAUAAAACUCAUAAGCAAUGUUUGUUUCUCAGUCUUUGUAUUCGCAGUACUCAUCUUUACUGUAAUUGCCAUCACUUACCAACCUCCCGAUCCAUGGGAAUCCUCUAGAACCCUCACUAGGGUUUUCACCCAAGUUGAAAAUGCCACCUUCCAAACCGACUCUUCUGUUCUCAAAACCGGCGAAGAUGUCGCUACCUCCCCUGUUGCGGCACCACCCAAUGCCUCGGUGGUCCCGAUUACCGAAUCAGUCAUUGAGAAAUCAGAAGACAAAAUGUCAAAUCUCAGUUUGAAAUCCGGGGGUUGUGAGGACAUGACUGCGGUGAAUUGUUCUGACCCGCGAGUUUUGAUUGCCAUUGAAAGGUUUAAUUUGAAGUUCUUUAAGUCAAUUGUGUUUCUGGAGUAUCGAUCUCCGGUUAAUGGGUCGAGACCAGACGAAUGUGAUGUGGCGUGGAGGUUUAGAAACAAAAAGGAGAAGUCUUGGAGGAGGUAUAGGGAUUUUAGGAGGUUUAGGAUUGGUUAUGGUGAAAACUGUACUUAUAAGGUGCUUAAUGCAAGAGGUUGGCAUUCAGGUAUUAAUGCCCGCAGGCCAAGGAAUAGAGUCAAUGUGACUAAGAGUGGUGGGGUUGCUAAACUUGCUCCUCCAUUUCGUGAUGAUGAGAUUAAUGACACUAUCCCAGUUUUGGGUUCGGAUGCCUCUUUUAGGAAGGGGAAGUACUUGUACUAUUCACGCGGAGGGGAUUAUUGUAAAGGAAUGAAUCAUUACCUUUGGAGCUUCUUGUGUGCUCUUGGGGAGGCUCAAUAUUUGAAUAGAACAUUUGUGAUGGAUUUGAGUAUUUGCUUGGCGGCUACUUACUCUGGUAAGAAUAAGGAUGAGGAAGGAAAGGAUUUCAGGUUCUAUUUUGAUUUUGAGCAUUUGAAAGAGGUGGCAUCGAUUGUGGAGGAAGGCGAAUUCCUAAGAGAUUGGAAGAAAUGGGACAAGACUCAUAAAAAGAAAAUCCCAGUCAGAAAGGUUGCAACCCAUAAGGUUACCCCAUUGCAACUUAAGAAAGAUAAAAGCACGAUUAUACGGAGGCAAUUUGAUGCUCCUGAGCCGGAAAAUUAUUGGUAUAGAGUUUGUGAAGGAGAAGCUGCAAAAUAUAUUCAGAGACCUUGGCAUACUCUGUGGAAAUCGAAGAGACUGAUGAAUAUAGUUUCUGAGAUAAGUGGCCGUAUGGACUGGGAUUUUGAUGCAGUUCACGUGGUUCGAGGAGAGAAAGCACAAAAUAAGGAGAUGUGGCCCCAUUUGGAUGCUGAUACAUCCCCAGAUUCCCUCGUUGCAAAGCUUCAAGGGAUGAUUCAACCUUGGAGGAAUCUGUACGUUGCCACCAAUGAGCCAUUCUAUAAUUACUUUGAUAAAUUGAGGUCUCAUUACAAGGUUCAUUUGCUUGAUGAUUACAAGGAAUUGUGGGGAAAUACGAGUGAGUGGUACAAUGAGACAAGGCUUUUGAAUGGUGGCCGCCCUGUUGAUUUUGAUGGAUAUAUGCGAGUUGAAGUCGACACUGAGGUCCUUUACAGGGCAAAGACACGUGUGGAGACAUUCCAUAACUUGACCAGUGAUUGCAAGGAUGGGAUCAAUACAUGCUGACAAGGUUGGAGACACCCGUUUAUUGCUUUUCCGUUAAUUGUUAUACAUCUCUUUGUCCAUUUGUUAUUCAGUUGGAGAAUGAUAAUACUGGGUUCAUGUCAUUGCCUUUUGUGCUAUUGGUGAUUCAGUUAUUUUAGUGAUUAUGUUGAUUGAACAUUCGUGUUGGUCAUGUCAAGUCUUUACAUACGCAAUAGAUUUACCUUUUACAGUUGUUGCU